AUGGCGGCCGGCGUGGAGCUGGGCUUCGCGGCGGCGGCGGGGCCGGGCGGCGCCUGGCGGCUGCGCAGCGCCUACUUCCCCAGCAAGGUCGGGGGGCGGCCGGCGUGGCUGGGCGAGGCCGGGCUGCCGGGCCCCGCCGCCCUGCGCUGCGGCCGCUGCCAGCAGCCCUGCGCCUUCCUGCUCCAGCUGUACGCGCCGCUGCCCGGCCGGCCCGACGCCUUCCACCGCACCCUCUUCGUCUUCGCCUGCCGCGGCGCCGCCUGCUACCGCCUGCCGGGCCCGCGGGGGCCCCUCUGCGUGUUCCGGAACCAGCUGCCGCGGCGGAACGACACCUACCCCGAGGAGCCGCCCCCCGAGGAGCCGCCGCCGGGCCCCGCCGCCGCGCCCCCCCGCCGCCUCCGCGGCGGCGCCGCCCUCUGCCGCGUCUGCGGCUGCCUGGGGCCCCGCGCCUGCGGGCGCUGCCGCCGCGCCGCCUACUGCGGCCCCGAGCACCAGGCGCUGGACUGGCGACGGGGGCACCGGCGGUCCUGCGGGCAGCACGCCGCCGGAGAUGACUCAGCGGGUGCAAUUCCAGAGCAUAACGAAUUCCUUUUUCCAGAAUAUGAAAUUUUGAUAGAACCUGAGGAACCAGAAUUUCCUGCUGACAGUAGUGUGGAUCCCGAUGAUGAACAAGGAGCUAUAGAUACAUCAAAGGACCUGAAAGAACAAGAGCAACUUGGAGCUACAGGCAGUGCAGGUGAAGCAUUUCAGUCCUUAGAUGAAGAGACAUUGGAAGCAAUGGCAAAACAUGAAACCAAAGAUGACAAGAUCUUCCAAAUGUUCAAAGAGCGAGUAGCUGCCGAACCAGAGCAGAUUAUUAGAUACUGCAGAGGAGGAGAAGGCCCAAUCUGGGUAUCAGGUGAAAAUAUUCCUGAAGAAAAAGAUAUCCCAAAUUGUUUAUGUGGUGCCAAAAGGAUUUUUGAAUUCCAGAUUAUGCCGCAGCUCCUGAACCACCUUCAGGUUGACAGCCUUGGAGAGAGCGUUGACUGGGGAACGCUGGUGGUGUACACUUGUGCUGACAACUGCGGUGAGGGAAAUGAAUACCUGGAAGAAUUCAUAUGGAAACAAGACUUCUCUGCAGGUUCUAUUUAACGUCCAUCAAGUUACUAAGUUGACUCAUCUAAAUAGAGUACUUGCCUUGUUUCAGUGCAUCUCUGCACUUGGCAAACAUGUAAUUGAACUAAAGUCACCAAUAUCUGUGUAUCUUGUAACAAUGACAGAACUACUAAAAGCAGACCUUGACAGCCUCUCUCUUGUGCUCCACAGGAGCUUUUACUUCAGCCUGGUAAUGAAGCCAGUUGCAUUUGUUCAUUGAAUUUCAUUCACUUCAAAUCUCAAUUGUGAAUGUUUAAAUAAAGAUUAAAUAUUUUUGGAUUGGUGAAAGUA